AUGCACUAGGAGCAGGUUAUCUUUAGCAUUCCUGUUGCAUGGUUGCGUUUAUUAUUUGAUAUUUUAGUACAAUUUUGGACUAGAAAAUGCUGUUAUUACAUUUUUAUGGUUGAGUUAUAAGGUGAAUAUGAGCUCCGUGCCGUUAAAGAGGAGUUACAAGGAUCUGCCCGUGUGGAUUGUAGAGGACCACCACGAUGUGGUGCGACACAUUUACCGCUCCAUCGCCUCCAGACACCUGCCACUGACUGGCAUACCUCUGGUUCACCUGGACUCCCAUCCAGACCUGCUCAUCCCAGUUAACAUGGCGGCAGACACUGUGUUCGACAAGGACAAACUCCUCAGUGAGUUGAGCAUUGAGAACUGGAUCAUGCCCAUGGUGUAUGCAGGGCAUGUGUCCUCUGUUGCCUGGUUACACCCGUACUGGGCUCAACAGAUCUCAGAGGGAGACCACCAGCUGCAUGUGGGACGAGACAAGUCUACCACCACCAUCAGGGUGACAAGCACAGAGAACUACUUCCUGAGCGACGGCCUGUAUGUGGCCAAGGAGCAGCUGGAGAACAGUAAACCUCUGAGGCUCAGGGUGGUCAGAGUGCAGCCAGUAGAGCCUGGGCACCUGCCACUGACAGAAAAGUCCGAAGAGCCCGCACUGAAGAGGGUGCGAGCAGAGAGCACCAGUGAACCAGGGGCCAGCUGUGACACACCACAGUCACCAGAGGGCCCUCCAGACCCCCUUGCACCCAGCACACAAGGCAUAAGAGAGGGGGAGGGCUCCACAGAGUACAUCUUGAACAAUGUGCUCCCUCUACUGGACCAGACACAGCCCUACAUCCUGGACAUAGACCUGGACUUCUUCUCCUGCAAGAACCCUUUCAAAGAGCUUUACAGUCAGGAGGAGUACGCCAUCCUUCAGGAGCUGUACAGUUUCAGAGGACCUAACCCUGGAGCUGAUCAGGAGGAGCUAGAGGAGUGUGUGGAGAGCCGGGUGCGGCAGCUGGAGGACCUGGAGGCAGCGUUUGCAGAUCUGCUGGAGGACGAUGGAGAGGAGACAGUCACUCGCUGGAGCAAAAACCCAGGGAUGGCAUCUUUAGGUGAUCUGGUUUUGAGUCUAAAGUCAAAAAACUCCAGUCCAGACUAUGAAAUGGUGCAUCAGGCCGGGCUGACCUGUGACACAGUGGAGCUGCCUCACCACAUCAGCAGUGACCAGGAGAUUCGGAGUCUGCUCCGAGCGGUCACACAGUUCCUUAAGCAUCUGCCCAAGCCUACCAUCGUCACCAUGUCCAGGUCCAGUCUGGAUGAGUACUGCCCCCUGGAGCAGGUGGAGUCAGUGCAGGCCAACGUUUUGGAGGCUCUGGAGGAGCUUUUUGGACCACUGGACAUCCACAAGGACUAUGAAACACAGACAGAACAGACCCCAGCCUGCUGACCACAACAUCCAUGAGCUAUGGGAGUGAGAAGGUCCUGACCACACCCCAACACUGUGAGGAACCCUCAGAUAUCUACACACCGAGGAAUGUGUCUGUGAAAUCUAAAGCCACUGCAACAAAACAAUGCAUUUAGAGUUACAGUGGGAUAUGUUGUGAAAUAGGGUUGUAAAAAAUCAAUAAAAGUUGAAAUAUGGCGACUG